CUCAAUAAAACCAGAAUUUUCUUUGAAAAACUCCUUUUUCCAAGCUUACAACCGUGCGUGUCAACGACGUUAUUAUAAAAUGCAUAAUGAUAUUAAAUUGUUUUUGAAAGAUUUCUUUGCUGGAGGUGUUUCUGCUGCAAUAGCUAAGACUGCAGUGGCACCUAUAGAACGAGUCAAGUUGCUUCUACAAGUUCAGGCAGCCAGCAAACAAAUAUCUGAAGAAACAGCAUACAAAGGCAUGUUGGACUGCUUCAUAAGAAUACCAAAAGAACAAGGAUUUCUGAGCUAUUGGAGAGGGAAUUUAGCCAAUGUUAUUAGGUAUUUUCCCACACAGGCUUUGAAUUUUGCAUUUAAAGAUGUUUAUAAGUCAAUUUUUAUGGAAGGGGUUGACAAAAAUUUACGAUUUUGGAGGUAUUUUGCUGGGAAUUUAGCAUCUGGAGGAGCAGCAGGAGCCACUUCAUUGUGCUUUGUCUAUCCACUGGAUUAUGCAAGAACUCGUUUGGGGGUUGAUGUAGGAAAAGGUCCAAAAGAAAGGCUGUAUCUAGGAUUGGUGGACUGUGUUGUUAAGACCUUUAAAUCAGAUGGACUUAUUGGCUUAUACAGAGGUUUCAUAGUUUCGGUUCAAGGAAUUAUCAUCUACAGAGCGGCAUAUUUUGGUUUCUUUGAUACAGCCAAGGGGAUGUUACCUGAUCCUAAGCACACCAGAUUUAUUGUUUCUUUCAUUAUUGCACAGACUGUUACCACUGUGUCAGGUAUUCUGUCAUACCCAUUUGAUACAGUUAGGAGACGAAUGAUGAUGCAGUCAGGUCUUAAAAAACAUGAGGUCAUGUAUAAAAACACAAUGGAUUGCUGGGUGAAAAUCUUUAGAAAUGAAGGUCCAGCUGCAUUUUUUAAGGGAGCAUUGUCAAAUGUUUUUCGUGGUAUGGGGGCUGCUCUAGUUCUAGUAUUUUAUGAUGAAGUUAAGAUGAUUUUGUAAUAUUUAACUUUUUGUUGUGUUUAAAUAAAAUAUUUGUUAUUAAAAUA